GUUGAGUUCAAAGAGAGGGAAGCAAAUAAAGCUCUUAUCAAACACGUCAUUAGAAGUGAACUAGUACUCAGCGAAGACGUUUGUGAAAUAAAAUGCUUCCUAGAACCAAAUUGCGUGUCCUUCAACUACGGUUUAUUGGGUGAUGGAGCUUUCAAAUGCGAGCUGAACAACAGAACCCACUUCCAGGUCUCUCCCAGUUACCAAAAGGAUAGAAAAGAAUUCUUCUACAGAGCAAUGAUUAACCCUUGUGAGAGCAGCCCGUGCCCAAGUCAUUAUGUAUGUCAAGCGGGGUUUGGUAUCCAUGGAUAUCGUUGUGUUUGUCCUUAUAGAUAUCAAGGUGUUCAAAAUCAAGAAGAUAACUGGAAAAAGGUCAACAUCGAUCCUGUCUGUUUUGGGACAAAAGGUGACGACCACGGAACUUUUCAUAUCCAAGAAGCCGGUCAAAUCUACACUUUUAAACUUGUCCAUACAAGUGGCUCCGUGACAUGCGACACUUCAACAAAAUCAACAAAGUGGGGAUGCUCAUUGCCAACUUACGAAAAUCACAACUUAAUGACUGUGAUAACUUACAGCAACAAAACAGUUCUUCCGCUUGCUGAGUUCUUGGAAGGCAGCGGCGGUAAAUACUACACUUACCAACUUGACGGUGCCGAUGUCAACUCCGCAACUCUAGUGUUCAAGCUCUUCCCCACCCCACUGGUUGUAUUGGUUGGUCAGCAGUUCCAAUUAUGGUAUGCGCAUGACUUGGUUAAUUAUACAGAGGAUAAUAACGAUGGUAAGACAUGCGCAGACGUUUAUGCCCUGUACCGUUCACCCUGUUGAACAGUUGCGACAACUACAGAUGACUUCAGACGUACGUCUGCACUUUGCUGAAUCACGACCAGAAAACAAUCGGAGAGCGCGUGGUACUUAUUUUCCCUGCGGCUAAAGCUUAUGAAUUUGCAUUUCUUUAAUGAUAAUGAAUUGAAAAUGAACUUUAGCUCCCGGAGCUCUUCAAAACUUCAAUAAAUGACAAUCUCUUCUAUCAGCAUUUCUUUAAGAUAGCUCAAAUUUAAAACUGUUGAGUUUCAUUUUAUGCCGUGUUUCUGUUUUUCAUUAUCUUUAGAGUGAAUUUGAGUCCAGAAAUCGCACUUUGAAUAGCUUGUAUUUAAGUUUAUCUUUAGUAAACAAACAA